AUCAAGCAAAGCAAAGUAUUCUCCUUUUUGAUCACCACAUUUGUCGCAACGGAGACGUAAAAUCAAUCAUCUACCGCCGCAUAUGCAGUCAGAUCUCUUUCUCUCCACGGCGGCGCCGCCGCAUCCCCGCUUCACUCCUCCCACCUCAACAAUUUCAUAAUUAGGGUUACAGCUCUCUCUCUUGCAAACCACUUCCGUAAAUGUAUCUCUCCUCCGAUAAACCCCGUUCAUCCAUCAAUUUCUACAAAGACACCACCGCCGGUGACCGGAGCAUGUUAAUCGAAACCGAACAACCAUCACAACACCACCACCACCACAACCACCAGCACCAACAACUAGUGAUUAUGUCUGACAACAACAACAACAAUAACAAUACGAGUAGCGGUGACGAUCACGAACUUAGGGCACCGAAAAAGCGAGCAGAGACAUGGAUACAGGAAGAGACGCGGAUCCUGAUCGGGCUCCGGCGAGAGGUGGAUAGAAUGUUCAACACUUCCAAGUCAAAUAAGCAUCUGUGGGAGCAGAUCUCCGCCAAGAUGAGAGCGAAAGGCUUCGAUCGCUCGCCGACUAUGUGUACCGAUAAAUGGAGGAAUUUGUUGAAGGAGUUUAAGAAAGUGAAGCAUAAGAAUGGGAAAGGGAAUAAUAAGAUGUUGUAUUAUAAGGAUUUGGAGGACUUGAUUAGGGAUAGGGGCAAGAAUGGGAGUAGUUUUAAGGGUGGUUCGAGUUCCCCGACCACGUCUUCAAAGAUCGAUUCGUUUAUUCAGUUUUCGGAUAAAGGGCUAGAGGAUGGGAGUAUUCCGUUUGGACCCAUGGAAGCUAACGGCCGAUCAACAACAGUGAAUCUUGAACGACCUUUGGAUGAUGAUGGUGAUCCUCUUGCCAUCACUGCAGCUGAAGCAAAUGGAGUCCCGCCUUGGAAUUGGCGAGAAACCCCUGGAAAUGGUGCUGAAGGCCAGUCUUCUUAUGGGAGGAUUAUAACGGUAAAGUGGGGAGAAUAUACUAGAAGGAUUGGUAUUGAUGGAUCCGCAAAAGCGAUAAAAGAUGCCAUAAAAUCCGGUUUUGGCAUAAGAUCUAAACGCGCGUUUUGGUUGGAAGAUGAAGAUGGUAUUAUACGCGCUCUUGACAAGAGCAUGCCUGUCGGGAGUUAUAAUCUCCACCUAGACGAAGGAGUGUCUAUAAAAAUAUGCCAUUAUGAUGAAUCUGAACGCACGCCUGUCCGUACUGAAGACAAGACGUUCUAUACUGAGGAGGAUUUACACGAGUUUUUGACUCAACGUAGGUUAUUGGGCUUAAGAGAGAUAAACGGGUAUAGAAGUUUUACGAAUGUGGAUGAUUUACGGCAUGGUGCGGUUUACCAAGGGAUGAGACUCCUCGGAGACUAGAAUUCGUUUGUUGCGGUGCAUCAAGGGAGCAAGAUGAGCUUUACUUCUCUGAUCAUUAUAUGUUAUAUUUGUUUUGCAAUAGGUUAUUUAUUAUUAACCUCUAUAAAUGUUAUAUAUGGUUUAGCUCUUGAGAUGUUUGCUCGGUGUUGUACAAAAUGAGGAUCUGAAUUAAACAACUUGUUGAAUUCUAAGUUGUUUUGUAAACUGGAAAGCCUGUUAUCCAGAC